AACCUCAAUUGCAAUUGGUAAAUGUAAAUAUUAAUUACGUUUUGUGUACUCAAAAUUACACUAAAAUUAUUUUAAAGAAUUUUAUUGAAUUUACAUUGUAUUAAUUGAUUAAACUAUUAAUAAAUAUAUAUAAUAAAUAAAUAAAUAAAUAAAUAAUACAAGUAAAAUGGAUUAUUUUGUGACAAACAAUUCAUUGGCACCAGCUCCAAUGGGGAUUCAAAGUACAGCUGGUGCAGUACCAGUGAAAAAUGACAAAGGUCAAGUGUCAAUGAAAAAAGUAAAAGUACAUCGUUAUGUAUCUGGUAAACGUCCAGAAUAUGCACCAACAGCAAGUUCAGAUGAAUCAUCUGAAGAGGAUGAUUUUCUUGAUCGUAAAAAAAAUGAUACUGGUCGAGAUGAUGGUGAAGAUGAUGAUGAUGAUAAUAAUGCUGAUGAAAAAACAGAUGAUAAUACUGAACAAGAUGCACGUUUACGUCGUUUAACAAGACUAGAACGACAACGUGGUGAUCGUGCAUCUGAUGAUGAUGAUGAUAAUGAUGACGAAGAUGAUGAAGAUGAUGAUACAAAAAAUGUUGUAAUUCGUGCUGAAAGACAUCGUCGUGUUUAUGAAGCAGAAAUAAUUGAAGCAACUAUUGAACCAAUACCAGAAAAAUCUAAAAAAAGAAUUCAGUUAGAAAGUUCAGAUUCAUCUGAAGAAGAAGAUUUAUCUGAUACUGAAAUUGAAAGACGUAGAGAAGCAUUAAAAGCACGAGUAUUAUCUAAAAAAGAUCAUGAAGAAGAACAAUUGAUUGAAAAAGAUGAAGAACUUAAAUCAUCUAGUCCUGAAGAAAGUUCAGAGUAUGAAGAAUAUACUGAUUCUGAGGAAGAAGAAACUGGACCAAGAUUAAAACCAGUAUUUGUUAGAAGAAAAGACAGAGUUACAGUCAUUGAAAAGGAAAAAGAAGCUAUUCAACAAAAACAAAUUGAACUAGAAGCUAAAAAAAUGGCUGAUGAAAGAAAAAAACAAUCUAUGAAGAUGGUUGAAGAAGCAAUUAGAAAAGAAACAAUAAAAACAAGUGAAACCAGUACCAUUGAAGGUAAAAUUGAAGAUGUUGAUACAUCUGAUGAAAAUGAUGAGGUUCAAUAUGAAGCCUGGAAAUUACGAGAAAUGAAAAGAAUUAAACAUGAUCGUGAUGAACGUGAAGCAAUUGAAAGAGAAAAAUUGGAAAUUGAAAGACUUAGAAAUUUAACUGAAGAUGAAAGACGUCAAGAGUUGAGAUUAAAUCCAAAAACAGUUACAAAUAAAGCAGCCAAAGGAAAAUAUAAAUUUUUACAAAAAUAUUAUCAUCGUGGUGCAUUUUAUUUGGACAAAGAUGAUACAGUAUUUAAACGUGAUUUCUCUGGAGCAACACUUGAAGAUCAUUUUGAUAAAACUGUGUUACCAAAAGUAAUGCAAGUUAAAAACUUUGGAAGAAGUGGAAGAACAAAGUAUACACAUUUAGUUGAUCAAGAUACAACACAUUUUGAUUCACCAUGGAUAUCAGAGACAGCACAAAAUUUGAAAUUUCAUAAUAAUCAAGCAGCUGGUAUGAAACAAGUGUUUGAAAGACCAUCAUUAAAACGAGUUCAAAAGAAUUAAAUUAAAUUAUAAAUGUAGGUAAUAAGUGCUAUUUAUAAAUUGCAAUAAGCCUAUUUUAAUUAAUUUGUAAUUAUUAUUAAAUAAUAAUAUUAAUCAAUUUUUUAAAAAUCAACUAAUAAUUUAUUUUAAAUCAUUUCAAAUUGACCCAAAAAUUAAUUUAAUUAGGUUUUAUAUUUUCUGGUUGAUUGGAAUCAUGAUAAAAAUUAUAAUUAUGAUUAAUAAAAUGGUUAUAAUAAACAAAAACACA